AUGGGACCUCCGAUAACAUCAAUAAUAGGAUUUAAAAACAUUAAUAGUAUUUUUUUAAAAAAUAUUAACAAACUAAAAGGCUUAACAUUUAAAAUAUAUACAGGCAAAAUACCCUUCAGGAUAAUACGACAUAUUAACACUACUUCCAACACUAGGAUUUCGUUUAUAAAGCCUUGGUCACCAUCUAAGCCUGUUAAACCCAUUGUUCCCAAUGAUUUGUUUGUAUCAUGUACCAUUUUUAACAAAGAAGGCAACGUUGUUUCGGUUUCACAAAAAUUUCCUAAAUGGCAAUUCUUAAGAGAUCAUGGGUUGUAUCCGAGAGAUUUAAGGAAGAUCGACUCCACUGCACCAGAUAUUAUACCCAGUAUCGUAGUUAAACCUUACCAAUGCAUUUUAAUUAAUUUGCUUUAUAUUAAAGCACUAAUAACUUCAGAACAAGUUAUGAUUUUCGAUACAGUCAGCCCAUCUGCAGCUCAGAAACUAGGUGAAUUGAUGUAUGAUUUAGAAAGUAGAUUUCAAGUCAAAAAUGGAACAAACAAUACUUUGCCCUUUGAACAUCAGGUUUUGGAAACAAUCUUGAUUAAUGUUUUGGCAUACUUAGAAGUGGAAUGUAAUAAACAUAUUACUGUAUGUGGUGGUAUUUUGAGGGAUUUGGAAUACCAGAUUGACAGAAAUAAAUUAAAAGAUUUAUUAAUAAAAUCAAAAGAUUUGACUAGCUUUUAUCAAAAAGCUUUGCUAAUUAGGGAGGUUUUAGAUGAAUUAUUAGAUAACGAUGAUGAUUUAGAAGGAAUGUGUUUAACAAGAAAAAUUAAUGAUGCAACUGACAAAAAAAUGAUGGCACAAGGGCUGGAAAUGCUUUUAGAAACCUAUUAUUAUCAGUGUGAUGAAUUUGUGCAACAAUCUGAAUCUUUAAUUCAAAAUAUUAAAUCUACGGAGGAAAUCGUUAAUAUAAUUUUGGAUGCUAACCGUAAUUCUUUGAUGUUGUUUGAAUUGAAAGUUACUAUUUACACCUUGGGCUUUACCAUUGCCACUUUAGUUCCAGCCUUUUAUGGUAUGAAUUUGAAAAAUUUCAUAGAGGAAAGUAACUGGGGAUUUUAUUCUGUUAUUGGUAUGAGCUCUAUAGUGGCUUUAAUUAUGACAAUGAAUAAUUUCAAGGCAUUACGAUCUGUUACUAGAUUAACUUUGAUGAAUAAUCAUUCUGGGAAACAAUCUCAAAAACAUUUAGCCAAUGUAGAAUUCCAUAUACAGAAAUAUGUUCCAACAUUUUGGGAUCGAUGUAAGAAAUGGGUUCGAUUGCUGCUUUUUGGCGAGGAAAAUGAGUUAAGGCGAUAUUGCCAAUAUCAGAAAAAUAGUAACAAGGAAAAAUUUAAGGAAUGGCUGAUUAAAGAUUCAAAGAAAUGA